AUGAUACGAGGCGAGAGAUUCGAACUCAACCUGUCGGACAACGAGGAUGAAGUGCAGCAGCCGAGUGCACCACUGCCCGCGGCUUUCGUCGGCGAUGUGCUGGAGCGCAAGCCGGCAGCACCCAAACCUCCCAGCGCUCCAACGCUGAAAAACAAAACCGGCUUUCCAGAACACAAAAAGCGUCCUGUAGAAAGCAGAUUCAAGAGGCAAAAGUCAGCAAACGAAGCAAAGGUCAAAGAUGGCGCGAGCUCGCAGAGACGAAGCACAGAUGGUGAGACGCCUUUCGAUGGCAAAGCUAAAUCUUGGGAUGAAGAAGAAAAGGCGCGAAUAGACCAAGAAAAUAAUCGGAAAAUUGCGGCCAUGUCGCCAGAAGAGGUUGAGGAGGAACGAAGGGAGCUGCUCAACACAUUUGGCGCCGGCUUGCUCGAGCGUCUGCUAAAAAGAUCAAACAUCGCCGCGGGUAGCAAUGAAGUCGAUCUGUCACGUCCAAUGGGCGAAGAAGACGCUCGUGAAGACGAUGCGGCAGAAGUGAAGCCGAAGAAGACUGAGUUGAAAUCCACGAAAACUGUCAAGUUUGAGGAGCCGAUCGGAGUGGAGCAGCCUGAAGCGGAGCCAGAAACAGGCGUUCAUGAUCAUACACACGAUCAUGCCCACAAUCACAACAUCACCACUGAAGAGUCACUACCACAAGACAGCGUUCAUUUCCCAUCUGCACCGCAGCCACCGGAGCUCGAUCCAUCAUCGGAGACAUUCCUUGAGGAUCUCCACCAAAAGUAUUUCCCUKCUCUACCCUCCGACCCCGACAAGCUAGAAUGGAUGCAACCUGCAACCUCAAAAGACAGCACCUAUGAUCCGACUGCAACGGAAUUUAACGCGAAGGAUAUACGGUUCUCUUUCCGAGGCGAGUUGAUACCUCCCAAGACUGCAUCUGAGAUCCCCGUCACUGCAGGCCUGCACCAUCAUGGAGAUGCACCGGAUGCCGCAGGAUACACAAUCGGCGAGCUGGCUCAUCUUUCUCGCUCUACAUACCCUGCUCAACGCUGUAUUGCCUUUCAAACUCUGGGUCGGAUUCUCUACCGCCUCAGUAAAGGCGAAUUUGGCGAUGCCGGCGAACCUGGCGCGGAUAGGUUUGGAUCAGAAGACACAUUUGGCGAGCUUGCAAGGGGUCUUUGGAGGGAGGUUGAGAGAUUAAAGGUCGUUCAAGUGUUGGUAGAAGAAAGUGAAGGUAGAGGCGUUGACGGUGGCAGACACUUGAGUGCUAAAACAUAUGCCACGGAAGCUGUGUGGCUGUGGCGCAAAGGUGGUGGCAGGAGAUGGAAGGCGGAGUGA